CCGACUUGAUCUGCUCCCUAGCGGACAUAUGUGGUGCUGCAGCUCUGGGCUCCGGCUGUGGCCACCUUCAGACAGCGCCGCGUGCUGACGCUGUCCGCUCACAGCCUGGCCACAGCUCUCUUCUAGCCUUUGGUCCUCAUCCAGCCACCAGCAAAGCCGCAGGCUAGGAGAUUGCAAAGACGCGGGAUCUACUCGUGCUGGUGCAGGCAGGCAACUCUAGCAUCCUGGGUGGAGAGCCCUCGCGGCAUCUCUGAGGCCAUCCCCUGCGGUGCAACUUGCCCAGGGGCGAGGCAACUUUGGGGCUAACCUGCAGGCUCGCUUCAGGUGGCUGGGUCCUGCGUACCGUGGGUACAGGAUGGCUAGGACCAGUGGGAUCAUCAGGUUCUGAGGGAAGGCUCUGGCGCCUCUCCGGUUUCUGGUUCCCUGAGGCGCUCAGGGUGCUCCGAGGGACUGGAAAGUGACAGCUCAGACGACCACGCAGAGCCCUUGAGGCAGCUUUGAGGCUGCUGGGCUGGGGAUUCCUCUGAGAGGCAUCUACCCCAGGAGUCUCUCUCAUAGCAGCCUUGCUUCCGGGGGUCUAGGCUCGCAAGCAGGAGUCCCCCAGGGAGCGAGCAGCUUCGGGAAGAUCCGGGAGCUGGGGCUGCGUGUCUUGGAGCUGAAGGAGGUGAAGAAGGAUGCAGAGCGGCUGACCCUUCCUGGGACCCACGCUCAAGUGCAUCUGCAGAUGCUCAAAGGGGGUACGGCAAAGCGGGGUUUCUGCGGUGGUGGCUGAGCAGCACGGUGGCUGGGCUUGUGUCCUGAGACUCAGGGCGGGAACAGGCAGAUCUGUGCCCGGGUGCUCUGGCGGGCACCUGGACGGCGGUGCAUCGGGCCCCGCCCCACGCGCCACCCUUUAAAGAGCAGCCAGGCCGGGCGCUCCCUUGCAGUCUAGGCUACGGUCAUGGAGGGCACGCCCGCAGCCAACUGGAGCAUCGAGUUGGACCUCGGGAGUGGAGUGCCCCCGGAGGCGGAGGGGAACCUCACUGCCGGGCCACCGAGGCGCAACGAGGCCCUGGCGCGCGUGGAGGUGGCGGUGCUGUGCCUCAUUCUGUUCCUGGCGCUGAGCGGCAACGCGUGCGUGCUGCUGGCGCUGCGCACCACGCGCCACAAGUACUCGCGCCUCUUCUUUUUCAUGAAGCACCUGAGCAUCGCCGACCUCGUGGUGGCUGUGUUCCAGGUGCUCCCGCAGCUGCUGUGGGACAUCACCUUCCGCUUCUACGGGCCCGACCUGCUGUGUCGUCUGGUCAAAUACUUGCAGGUAGUGGGCAUGUUCGCCUCCACCUACCUGCUGCUGCUUAUGUCGCUCGACCGCUGCUUGGCCAUCUGCCAGCCGCUGCGUUCGCUGCGACGCCGAACCGACCGCCUGGCGGUGCUGGCGACAUGGCUCGGCUGCCUGGUGGCCAGCGCACCGCAGGUGCACAUUUUCUCCCUGCGAGAAGUGGCAGACGGCGUCUUUGACUGCUGGGCUGUCUUCAUCCAGCCCUGGGGACCCAAGGCCUACGUCACGUGGAUCACGCUCGCCGUCUACAUUGUUCCGGUCAUCGUGUUGGCUGCCUGCUAUGGCCUCAUCAGCUUCAAGAUCUGGCAGAACCUGCGACUCAAGACGGCAGCGGCGGCCGCGGAAGUCGAGGGGACUGAGGGAUGUGCGGCCGGUGGAGCUGGGCGUGCGGCGCUGGCUCGGGUUAGCAGUGUUAAGCUCAUCUCCAAGGCCAAGAUCCGCACAGUGAAGAUGACCUUCAUCAUUGUACUGGCCUUCAUCGUGUGCUGGACACCUUUCUUCUUCGUGCAGAUGUGGAGCGUCUGGGAUGUCAAUGCGCCCAAGGAAGCUUCUGCUUUCAUCAUCGCCAUGCUCUUGGCCAGCCUCAACAGCUGCUGCAACCCCUGGAUUUACAUGCUCUUCACGGGCCACCUCUUCCAUGAACUUGUGCAGCGCUUCCUCUGCUGCUCUGCCCGUUACUUGAAGGGCAGCCGGCCCGGAGAGACAAGCAUCAGCAAGAAGAGCAACUCAUCCACCUUCGUCCUGAGCCGCCGCAGCUCCAGCCAGAAGAGCUGCUCUCAGCCAUCUUCAGCGUGAGCCAUCUGCCUGGCCCACGGCUCCUGAGGCAGGGGUUAUGCGGACUCCAGUAUGCCCCCUGGUGGCCUUGCAUGGAGCUGUAUAAGGUGCCUAUUGGUGUGUCUCCCUCCACUCCUUGGGGUGGCUAGAGCAUGGAGCAUAUUCUGACGUGGGGUUGUGGAAAUGUCUCUGUGGAAGAUGACAGUCACUCAGCCAUCAGAGGGUUGCCUAGGCUCCCACCUGUGUUUCUACUACCCCAGCUGGAGUGCUUCUGGGUGGGGGGUGAGCUCUCCUGAACCUGGCUUUCAUUCCAUUAUUAUUAUUAUUAUUAUUUCUUCUCGUUCAUCCUGGGAUCUUGUGAAAGGCAGUAAGCCAUGCAUUGGUGAACAGUUAUGUGAGGAAACACAGUGGGCUGGGACAAGGAAUGGGAAAUGAGGCCAGAGGUGCAGAGUGGUGCUGAUUUCCUUGCGACUGAAGUUAUGUGGACAGAUCCUAGCAUCCUCAGGGACCAGCCUGUCCCAGGAAAACAGUGGGAACUAGAGACUGAACCACGAGGCCAUCUGGCCCAGGAAGGCAAUGAGAACACAGAUUGAAAUGUUGAAGAAGCUGAUGCUUGGUACACAUCUGGGAAGGAAAAGGAAAUGAGAGCCACCCAGAUAGGGAGAACUGCAUAUGACACUGACCCAUGCCUAUGAGAUCCUAAGGAACACACACAUGUAUAUGUGUACAUGCACACACAUGCAAGUAGCUCCCUUCACACUCUGGUCUGACAGGUGAAUAGCAAGGUUGCAGAGUUCCAGACCAGAUCAAUGUACAAAAAUCAUUCACAUCUCCCUACAUGUCUGGUGAACAAUGGGAAAGUGAACUUUAGAGAUUCCAUCCAUAAACAUGCCAGAAUGACUAAGGGAGGGCCAGGGUUAACAGAGGAAAAGUAUGACUUGUGCCCUGAAAACUGCAAACACCAUGGAUGGAAAUUAAAGGAGACUAAAUAAAUGGGAACACCUUGUGUUUAUGGAUCAGAGACGUAAUAUUGUUGGACAGAUUUGAAGUAAUCCUCAUCAAAAUCCUAGCUGGCUUCUGCAGAAAUUGAUAAACUAAUCCUAAAAUUCCCAAGGAGAUGGGAAUUGGGGUGGUUAAAAUGCUUUGGGAUGUGUGGUGGGUGCACAAUUUUGAGACCAUAUUAAAAAUCACUGAACCAGGGCCAGAGGAGACAGCUCACUUCAAGAAGUCUCUGCUGAGCAAGUAUGAGAUGCCCAUCAUCCAUGCAGAAGUCAGGCUUGGUGGCACAUGUUUGUAACCUCAGCCCUGGGCGUGAAGACAGGUGGAUCCCAGACACUUGCUGGCCAGCCAGUCUAGGAGAUUGGUUGACUUCGGGUAAGCAAAAGACUCUCUCUCAAAGUAAGUAAGUAAAUAAAAAAUAAGGUAGAGAGUGAUGGAGGAAGACACCUGAAGUCGACCUUUGGUCUCUACAUGUACAUGUAGAUGUACAGCAUACACACACUCACAUGUAAGCAGGCAGACAGACAGACAGACAGACAGACACACACACACACACAACCCACUGAACUGUAUACUUAAAAAUGUGAGAAGAAGGAAGCUCAAGAUCUGAGUUCUGGGAAAACCAAAAUGAUGGAUGCAUUUCUUGGUCUCUCUUCCUCGAGUGCUGUUUCUCCUGUGACUCACCACCUCCAAGUGUCUGCAGGAGAGGCUGGCUCUAUUCCGGCUGGUGAAAGUGGUGAUCACUCCCAUCUGGCUUUAACACAGGCCCGAGGGAUGCUCUGCAGCAGCCAUAUCCUAUCUUCUUCAGAACGGCAAUUCCCCAGGAGUCUCAAAGGUUUUAUUUAUCCAGUAAGUAUGAUUUCAAAUGUCCUCUCAGCCUUGAGGGCAGGAUAUGGCUCUGUCUCAGAAAUACCUUCAGUCAUUAACACAGGACACAAUUGACUAGUGGCUUUCUGUCUGUGGCUGGUCACUAUGCACUCUGGAGCACCUUGGAAAUACCCAGACUUGAUUCUGGACUUACUGAGAUAUAUCAAGGGCACUUCCAAAAAGCCUCAAAUCUGCAGAUCCACUUUACCCACUGCUCCUGUUUCUGAACACAUUUUCUUCUGCCACACUGCAGGAUUUGCCCCAACCCAUACAUGUACCCACAUGCACACAUGGGUUUGGGCUGGCACAGUCUGGUGUUUGGGGAGGAGAGAGCCAUGUGCUGCAGUUCAACAUCCACAAUUUACGGCAAGCUCAUUGUCACCAGCUGGAGACAGGAGGCAACGUCAUUUUUCUUUGGACUCAAGAGCAUUGCACAGUGGUCCACCUCAUGCACGCAGUGUCACCACCAGCUAGUUCUUUGACAAGCUAGCAGGAUUCUGCUUUGCAGCAUCUGUGCCUGUGUUCUAGACCACCCAGGUAGCCUGGGUGCACACAUGGCAGUAGGGUGGGGGUCUGGUAGCAUCUGUGUCUUGAAGAUGUCCUUUGUCCCUGCUGUUUACUGAGAAGCUGCCAUCUUAGAAUCAACAGGUGUCACCAGGAGUCAAGGGGACAGUAACUCAGAUAUUCUGACAGGGGUACUGUGUUCUUGAGAGGCCUAGAAGUGUAAAGUUUUAGACAUCAAAACCGACUAGAGUGCUGUGUCAUUCUGUGUGAUAGCUCUAGCUGGUACCUUGGGUCUUGUUAUGGUCCUGACACCUGCAUCGGUGACAUAAAUGACAAUUGACUUAAUCAGCAACAUUGGAUUGGCACCUCCCGUCCAAUCUUACAGAAUAUUUUAACCAUUUAUUGUUAUCCCUUCACCAAAAGUCUAAAAUCUAGGGGUCUAAAACAACUCCCUCAAUCCUGUGUCCUAUUUCCUCCUUCCUCAGACCCCACACUUGACAUUCCCAAUGCCCCUUCCUAUUUCCCAACCUGUUUACAAUCCAUGUUCAGGGCUGGAGGUUGUAUUAAAUUGAAGCAUGCUGAAUGUUCUGGAAUGUUUCAUUGUUCUGACCAGAGGAGUCAGUGUGCAAACUGUGAGAGUGAUUUAGGCCCUAUUACUCCCCUCCCCCAAUCUACAUUUUAAAAUCUGUGGUCUCCUUUUGGUACAAAAGAGCCUACCUGGACUAUGACCCUGGCUUCAGCAUGUAACUGUUUUGUAUUCAGUUGCAACGAGAUGCCACUUGGCACACAGUGUGAAUUCCUUGGUAUUGUUAUUCCAUGGACUUGUGUGGUGCCUCCAUGUCCCCGCAUCCGGUGAGUGAUGUGGCCAAUCCUGCUUUACCAGCUGCUUCAUAAAAGGUGCACUUAAUAAACAUUUUUCUGUAUA